UGAACAGCUGCGCUUGUGCCUGACGUCACAGAGCAUUUCUGCUGAGGUGUUUCAAGCACAUACACAUCACCCAACUCACAUUCUCUCUUCGGCCAAUGUGGCGGGCUUUCGCGCGAACGGCAAAGACACUCUUCGAUUGUGGACCACCACCACCACCAGGAUUACAACUACUAACGCUGAAUCAGCAGGUAUUGCGACAUUCCAUCGGAAGCCGUUUUUGCAAGAAGUACCUUUCCGCCCCGGCCCCCUCCACGUUUUCAACCGCAUCAUAUAAUAUGAGUUCCGAAAAGCCAAAGGUUGUUUUUGUGCUCGGCGGACCUGGCGCCGGAAAAGGGACGCAGUGUUCAAAGAUUGUAGACCGCUUCCAGUUCACGCAUCUCUCCGCCGGAGAUUUGCUGCGGGAGGAGCGAUCCCGCGAAGGCUCCGAGUUUGGCACGCUAAUUGAGGAUUACAUCAGAAAUGGCAAGAUCGUGCCCGUGGAGGUCACAUGUUCGCUGCUGGAAAACGCCAUGAAGGCGUCUGGAAAGUCAAAGUUCCUCAUUGAUGGAUUCCCCAGGAAUCAAGACAAUCUGGACGGCUGGAACCGCCAGAUGUCCGACAAAGUGGACAUGCAGUUUGUGCUAUUUUUCGAUUGCGGCGAGGACGUGUGCGUCCAGCGAUGCUUGGGACGUGGCCAAAGUGGUUCCGGUCGGUCGGACGACAACAUGGAGAGUCUGAAAAAGCGCAUUUCCACCUACAAUAACGACUCAUUACCGAUCAUCAAGUUCUUCGAAGGCGCCGGCCAGGUGAAGAAGAUCGACGCAAGUCCUGAAGCGGAUGCGGUCUUCGGCGAUGUGGAACGCGUGUUUGUGGCCAGCGGCUUCUAGACAUUACAUUUCCUAUCUGGUUCUGUGUGCAGUGUUAUCUUGAAUUUCCUACACCCCUCAGAAAUACACAUAUAUACGCUUGUUAAUGCUAA